UGUACCGGAUGUAGAUGUAGGUGACGUCGCAAUGUCUGACUCUGAUAUGUACAUAAAACCGGGUAAUCAGGAGCGAGGAUGGAACGACCCCCCACAAUUUUCAUACGGUUUACAGACUGCGCAAAGCGGACCCAAACGCCUUCUCAAUAAAAGGGUGCCGCCCCCUCAACUCUCCGGAUCUCAGAGCCCAUCUCCAGGUAUACCUCCUCCUCCACUGGGACAUCAGACUCCUCCAACCAAUCCUGCACCACCUCCAGGUUGUGGUCUGACCCCACCACCCCCCUUCGCAUCCAAGACAGCCUUGUCCCUUCCAUCACAGUCCAGCCCCAGUAAAUCGCACGCUGAGCCCCCCAGCACAGUUUCGGAAGGGGAGCCCAGUCUAGAUGAGGUGCUUGCCCUUCUCAGCUGGGCACUAACGGCCUGUAGGAAAACUGUUAGGAAACAGGUGUGUGACGAUGUGGACAAAAGGCUGAAGGUGUUUGAAGAGAUGUGGAAGAGCGGGAAGCUGUCAUCUCCUGUAAAGAAAAGAAUGAAUCUUCUGGUUCAAGAGAUGAAGAGCAGUAAGUGGGACGCAGCUGACGACAUCCACCGCUCCUUAAUGGUGGACCACGUCACAGAGGUCAGCCAGUGGAUGGUGGGGGUCAAGCGGCUAAUUGCCGAGGCCAGGAACCUGCAACCUGAACACCUGGGCACCACAGACACGCAGCAGACACAGACGCCUACGGAGACGCAGACCGACACCCCUGCCUCCCACAUUGACGACGACCCAAAUCCAGAAUAGACUCGUUUGGACUGGCUCUCAAUUCGUCUUAAAAGAAAUGGCCUGAUGAUUAAUGGGCUCUUGUGUGGCCGAAGGGCUUAGGUGUGUGGGCUUUGGUUUGUUAUACCUCUUUGGACUUGGAGCAUGUCUCCGCAUUGCUGUGUGGGAUUGAUGGGAUUGACAUGGCUGGUUUAUCAAGACUGUUUACACUCAGUGACUUGCACCCUUUUCCACACCUAAUCUCGUCAAGUUUAAUUUGCCUUCAGGAUGCUCCUUGCUUAAUCGAGGAGGAGAAGGCAAAAGCUGAUGAGAUUAUCGUUUAUACAUCAGCUGAUUUGCUAAGACCUUGACAUUAUGCAUGUGAUGUGUGUACACAGAAUCUGUGAUUGAAAAACGGUCUCUGACUUACUGUAACUAUUCUGAUCAUUCCUCUGAACGUUUGACGUCAAUGCUCAUGGUUAUCGUAUGGCCCUUCAACCAGAUUAAGCAACAUGAUGUUGUCAGGUAUACCUGCAAUAUUGCAUUCAAUAAGAAUGAGGUUCCCAA